AUGGGUGAUCUUGUACGUGAUGCGUUGCGUACCACGGGUAUCGAUGAGGAAUUGGAAGAACUAGUCGCGAAUGCCAUAGUUCAAAGUUGGAGUGAAAAUCGCUCAAAAAGUGUAAUCAGUAAGCCAUCAACCAAACGGAAAUUAAAGAACAAAACUAAUGAACCAAACUUAACCAAAGUUCGAAUUAUAGCCGAACACUUAUGGAGGCGCUUGGAGCAAAUAUACGACACCAAACUACAAAUUUGGAAACGGAAUGAGGAAAAAAUGAUAGAUGAAAUGAUAACUAGGCUUCGACAUGAAUAUAAAGAAAAUCUUUUAUUAAAACAGAAACAACUGGAAGAAUUAGCGGAGCGUAAGAACGAUGAAUACAGGAAUAAGGAAGAUUGCCUACGGGAGGAUAUUCGAGUGACUUUUGAGAACAGAAAACUAGAAUGUGAAAAAGCUUGGCGAGAGAUCGAAAUGGUGAAGAAAGAGUUACGAUUUCAGAAGGAGUUGUUGGAUAAUGCUCGAGCGAACUUCCAGUCGAAAAAAGACAACGAACUGUAUCUUAUAGAGCAAGAAAGAUGUUCACUGGAGCAGAUCAGGGAUGGUCUGAGGAUUCAUGAAAGGAGUCUUGAUCAAAGAUUGCAAGAAGCGAUUAGAAAAGCACGCGAAAAGGACAAAACUCAACUAACGCAAAUGAUUUCCGAAUGGAAUAAAAAAGAAGCGACACUAUCGAAGAAAUAUGAAAUGGUUUGGAAUAAAAUAUGUGAAAUUUCGAGUGAACAGCAAUUUUCUGCCAAGGAAGCAACACGUUUAAAAAAACUACAGGAAAAAGUGAUCCAACAACAGAAGAAGCUCACAGAAACUAAACAAGCUUUAAAUUGUGCUUUAAAUAAACAACGGAAGACUAAUGAAGAUUUGGAGCGCGUUAAAAAAGAGAAAGAGAAGUUAUCCGAAACGAAUCAGAAGUUGAUGGAAAGAUUGGAAAAACGAGAUGCAACAAUUAACAGUUUAAAGAAACAAUUAAAAUUGAUAGAAGAAUCGGCUGCCUUACGUAUCAGUGAGUUGAAAUUCCAGCACAAGUUAACCGUAAACAAACUGCAAGCGCUCAGUAGAGAACUACACAGAUUCCAUUUUAGUGCAUUCGAGAAAUUUGAUCGACCCUAUCCUCAUCCUACCGCGGCAGUAGCAGCAAGGAUGACAACGAUCGACUCUGCUUCUUCAUCAACUCUUACGGAGUCGUCGUUGGAGCAGCAUUUCCGUGAUAGAAUGAAAGGUUUCGAUUUCACGAAGCAAGAGCUGGACUUAACGUUGAACAAACUGCGCGUAAGAAGUCAUUUUCGGCCUCUGGAUUACAUUCAUUCUAUUUCUUUAUCACAUGCUGAAAUCAGUGAGCUUGAAAAACCACUAUCUAGAAAUUCCUCAAGCAAGGAGGUCAAGCGGCUUCAAAGGGAUCCUUCGAUCAUCGAGACAAAUCUCGCCCACGGAAAAAUGGUGGAGAUGGAAGAAAGUGCUGCUCAUCCAGAUCCAAAAAAUGUUGAAAAGAAUACGGAAUUGGAGGUGACAAAUAAUUCAGCGGAAAUACAUACAGUUGACCCACUAAUGGUUCGGUAUAUGGAAAUGGUUCAAGAUCAGAAGGAAAAAGUAGAGCCGCUUCUCGAAGAGACGCCAAAGAAUGAAGAUAACGAACUACCGGAAGAAUCAUUUGUUAUUGAAGCAGGUGAAAGACCAGAUACACCCAGCACAUCCAGUGAUUUCGGCUGGUAA